CAGUAAACCCACCCAACAAUGAAAGAUGGCAUUCCCUCGUUGUCUAGUUUCUUUCUUGUCUGUUUUCAUCCUCUCCCCGACCCUUAUAGUACCUUUGUGGCUAUGUUGAGUCUGUGAAAUGGGAGCCUGGAUGAUCAUUCAGAUGGAGGCACCCUAGACACGGUUCCGCCAUCAGCGUCAGCGUCAACACAAGCAUCUGCUUCUGCUCAUGCAGUUAUUGUCCACAAUGGGAAACACCAACAUUGAGAUCAUAACCCACAGUCAGGAAGCUAAGGUGUUCCUGGAUCGACCUAUCCAGGACCUUAUCCCCGAGCAAUACCUGCGGGAAGCCGACAGAUCGCCUAUCAUCGAUCAUGGUGCCUGGGUAUUUCGCGCGGCCGAAGAUGCUCGACGUGUCAACCUAGCCAGAUGGUCAAAGACGGACAUCCGCUAUCGAGGUUUCUUCAAGACGCUCGAAAAGACGCUUCCUAUCCACGGGAGUUCCAACCAGGAUGGCCCGGGGAAGUCGGAAAAUAUGUCGCGAACACAGGGACAGGCUGUAUAUGCUCUUUUGCACGAUAUCUUGGACAUGAUGAAGUGCACGCGUCAGGUGGGGGACAGGCAUGAAUAUGCGUAUCUUCGUCCCCGUCUUGUCAACUGCAAAGGGGAGUACCUGACCUGUUACCGGCAGAGACAUAGAGUAGGGCCAGAAAUGGGAGCAAUGCUGGCCCUGGAUUUGUAUCCCAGCAAAGGGAAAUCAGAGUGCAUCAUUCCGAUUUCAACGACCUUGGAAGAUGAACCCUGGGAAGCUGUCCUGAAAGAGAAGUGCAAACUGAUACACUCACAACUGCUCACCAAUAUCCGUCGACUCCGACCCCGCACCUCCAAUUUACCAGAUCAGGAAGCCUUCCUGAUCGACCUUCACGGUUCCCGAUUACGCAUCUUCCGUGCUCUUUUGCAAGGCAAUACGACCUCGGAGAAGCCCUACGACCAGAGAGAACUGCCACGCGGCAGUACGCUCCGACGCCGGUGUUUUUCAAGUCCAAGCACCCUCUCCUCGGCGGAAUCUUCCGUCCGCCCACGGGCUGUUGCCAGAUAUUCGAAUCAUGGAAAUAAUAGACUUUUAACCGGUAUCCCGCCCUGCGUGCAAGAGGAGGACAUCGACGAUACCGUAGAUCCAAAGCACAACCCAUUUCAAAGGAGAGACUCCGAGCCGCUCCGGAUUCUCGCAAGCCACGAAUAUGACUUGUGGGAAAAACAUUCUUUCCAUGCCGCCGUUCGCGCAUUGGUUGCGCUUAUCAUCUACCUCAUGAGCGGGAGAGCCCAAUGCGGGGUCCUCCAGCGGGUCUUCCAAUGUUAUCCGUACCAUGACGAGGGGGAUACUAGGAACGAUAUUACUAUCAACGCCAAGACACCUCGUGUCGACAUGAGCAAUGGCCACUUUGGGACAGAAGGUGAGCGCCAAGCAUGUCACUGUCUACAAGGAAUAGCAGAAGGACGGGAAACAGCGCAACCGGAAGGGAUGCAGAGGAGCCAACAACAACGGAGGCUGGACGUGCUGUCUCGUUCCGAAGAGGCCGAGGUCGGGAUCGGCGCGUUCUCGCGAUUCAGGAGACUGCGGUGGGAAUCUGCAAGAGGUCAUGGCCACCAUAACCGGGAUGUCAGUGGGAGCACUGCCGCUGUGCUAUUGGGGACUUGAGUCCUUCACGGUUCCUGUGCAACCCGCACGGAGUCUAUCUAUUAUGCUGUCGGUGCAUGGACGGCGCAGAUCGCCAGAAUUAGACUUUGCAAAACGUAAAGAAUAUCCACAUUUGUCGAAGAUGACGGAUCCGCGAAGAACGAUCAUCGAAAAGAAAUUGGAUCAGAUAAGAAUUUUCCAAGGGAGAAACAUUCUCACAGCGUUCAAUUGAGCUGAUUAUUACCCGUAUGUAGGCUGGAUCGAAUCAUUUGAACAUGAUCCCACGCCAUCUUGGCUGAACUUAAUCCUGUCGAUCGACAACCGGAUCGUCGCGGUGGCUGGCUCUACCUUCCCAAGGCAGAUAGUAGUAGUAUAGAACCACGGGACAAGGUAUUGUACCGACCAUACUAGUUUCAGAUCACUGUAGGGUACAGAAUACAGGGUACAGAAAACUCCAGAGAGACAGGAAACGAACCUACUAACACCAAUGCACCAUGCAAGAAAGCCCUAAUAACAAAAAGCCCAACCCAAAUCAAUCAUCACAUCAAGAGAGUGCCUGUCACUCAACCAUCCUCAUAGAUGAAGGCCGACUCCCUCGAUAAACAUUAAUAUCCGUUUUAAUCGUAAUAUCCAUGACACCCCCCUCGACCGACCGAUCAUCCAACCCCUUCCCCCCGUACGCAGCCACAUCAGACAUGACUAGGAACUCGGCGUCGCCGCGCGGGAUGGUCAUGAACGGCGCAGAGGAGCUGGUAUUGGAGCUGCUCAGGUGGCCGUUGUUGGAGGCGUAGCGCUGUCCGGUGGUCCAUGUCUUGGAUCUGUUCGUGGAGCGGCCGCGGAUGAAGCGGGGGAGGAGGCCGCGGAUGAAGCGGGGGAGGAGGCCGCGGAUCGUAGGGAGACAGGAACAGGUUAGGCCGACGGAGGGUUCGAUGUGUGUCCAGAGUGUUGCUUUGUAGACUGUGUCUAUUUUUGUUUUGUCUUGUCAGUCCUGGACAAAUAUCUGUCAGAAAGACACGAGGAUAUGGACGUACAUGUCGUGUCUGCCGGGUCGAUGUAGAAUAACACCACGAUCCGGUAAAUGCUCGCGAAGCAGACACUUGAACCAACAAUCGUCAGCCAUCAAAUCAUUAAGCAGUGAAGCAAGGAGAGCUAGGUAUACUCACAAUCCACCCACAGCAAAAACAGCAGUCAACUCCAAUUUCUCGUGCCAUGCCUUCUGCAACCUCCAGAUGAUAGGAAUUGGCAUCCCCAGAAUAACAAAGUCCAUAACAACAUUAAACACCUGAUUAACAAUGAAAAACGUAUUCGGAUUAAACAGUGACCCGGAACGCUAUGAUCCCAGUAAGCCCUCAGCGGCCGACACUGGCCGGCACAGGCGAAGAAGAUGCCCGCGGACCACGUGCCCAUGAGACAGUUCAGGCCGAAGGAGAACUGCUGGAAGCGCGGGAUGGAGAAGACGCGGCGGUAGAAGCAGACGAUGGAGAUUUUGACGACGGGGCAGAGGACAAAAUAGAGGAAUUGGUUUGAGAGGAAGAUUCUGUAGAAGUUUCGGCGGGUUUGGGGGGUUAUGUCUGCAUCGUGGGCGCCGUUGCCGCCGAUUGUGCACCCUGUAUUGCAUUAGAA